AGUAGUUUCCCUUUAUUGGAAUAUGGAGGACAUAAUAUUUAAAGCUAAAUUAAACCUUUAAAUUAUGAUAAAAUGAACGUGUAUCGUGCUACAGAGAAUUAUGUAUAUAAAACAGAUGAAUGUCUUGGACGGGGCGCCACAGGAGAUGUGUACAGGGGCGUCCACAAGGUAACAGGUGAACAAUGUGCCUUAAAACUGUGCGAUCCACGCUUUACCCAGCAGCUACAGAGAGAAGUAGAGGCCAUGCGUCAACUACAGCAUCCCAACAUCACAAAGUUCCAUCAACUGGAGUAUGAUAAGGAGAAUUCCAAACCUAUCCUUGUUAUGGAACUCUGUGAAAAGGGGAACCUCCUUGAGCUGCUCCGAGAGCCCAGUAACUCCUACGGUUUAGAGGAGGAGGAAUUCCUCAGAUUUUUUCGCCAUUUGGUGUCUGGAAUGAAACAUCUUCGCCAGAAUGGAUUUUCCCACCGUGACAUAAAACCAGGCAACAUUCUAGUAUAUGUUGCAGACGAUGGCAACCAUGUCUAUAAAUUAUCUGACUUUGGAACUGCCAAACCUUUGAAAGAUGGAGAUUUCUUCCAGUCUUUAGUAGGAACGGAAGAGUAUUUACAUCCUGACAUUUUUAAAGCUGCCUUUAUUGAUCGUUAUCGUCCACGAGAGUUUGACAUCUCCGUUGAUCUGUGGAGUUUGGGGGCCACCCUCUAUCAUGCUGCCACUGGGAAGGUCCCCUUCCAACCCUACCAUGGGCGUGGGGACAAACACACCAUGUUUCAGAUGAUCUCUAAGAAGGACCCAGGUGUAAUUGCCGGAGAGCAGACUACAGCCUCUGGGUCCAUUAUCUGGUCCAAGGAAUUGCCAAAGACCUGCAUGCUUUCAAAAUACCUCAAGGAUACAUUGACAGAAUACUUAGUUCGUCUUCUGGAGUGUCAGCCAUACCGUAUGUGGACGUUUGAUGGCUUUUUUGUUGCUGCAGAUGAUCUCCUUCAGAAACAUAAGCUACAUCUGUUCUCUGUGGUGGAUUCACAGCUCUAUCAUAUCUACAUGAACCCAGAUCACAAAUUUGGCGACUUACAGAAAUGCUGCCAGGAGCAGACGUUUACGCAAAUCAAAUCACCAUAUUUCAUUCUUCACAAUCAUGGUCUGGGAGAGUCUGUCUCGGACGAUGACACCGUGGUGUCUUAUCCAGUGACAUCAACAGACGAUCCAAUAAUAGCUCUACCCCUACGAGAGGGCACUUCCCUCACUACAAAAACACCAACAGACUUCAUAGUGUCUCUUGUUGAUGAAAUGAAUCUGGAUUUUGUGAGUGAUGAUUUGUCGAUGCGAGAUGAGGACUACCGUACAGCUCGUGCUAUGUGUGUAACCACAGCUAUGAUUUUUAAAGCUGUUACACAUGCGACGUCUGCUCAUCAGCUGCUAAGUAGUACGUCACGGGACUGCAGAUAUGAAGUACAGCAGAAGUACAAAUCCCUGAGGAGCUGUGUGAGGACUUUAGAAGACCGAUACAUGGACAUCAAACAGAUCGUGGACACAGAUCACAAGAAGUCAACAGCAUUAUUUACAACCAUUACAGAGGAUGGUGACGUCGCUGAUGACAAUUUUGAACAGAUAAGCAAGAAGCUAGAUUCCUGUACAUCUUUGCUGGAAGUGUGUAAAGAAAAACACAAGAAACUGGAUGAGUUGACCAAAAUUAUGAAUUCUAUUACUCAGGAAAAUAUAAAGGCAAUGGUUGAAAGAACGUCCAAGCAAAUGAUGGACAUAUUACUGAAGUUCUCUGAGUACCGUAAAUUACCAAGACUUAAUUACCAUGACAAGAAACUCUACACAUUUGACAAGACCUCCAUAACCUUUCACUACCAGCGAGCUGUGUCUUACUUAAAGAAAGUACAGCAUUCAAUGGCUGCCACAUUUACAACAUUCAGAAGAUGGCACAGUGCCUAUAUAAAAGUGUUAGAAGAACAUGAAGAAGUGGAUGCUGCUACUGCAGACAUUUCCAGACAAUUCCAGGAAGUGGUUAGUGAGGUCAAGGGACUAAAGGAACCUCCAUCUCUUCCCUCCAUACCUAAACCAUCCAUGAAACAUAGACGUCUAGCAGAGCAAGUGAGGAUAGGUGUGUCUGACAUUAGUAAGGACUUCAGUGAAUCAAAGCAGAUAGCCAAAGAAUCUAGGGAACACAUGGACAGUAUGAAGUCUUUGCUAGAGGACCUUGAGGAGUAUGAGCUUUCCAGCUGAGCACUUGAUCCAUUGGACCUGUUUUGUUUGACUUGAGCCUAACUGAGCUAGUUGAGUUUUCAGACUUUUUUCAGACUUUUUACCUGACAAUCUGUGAUAUGUACAAUGUUUUAACAGAAUGAAUAAUGAAUCAUUUUAUUAUUA